UAAAAAUCGUGUGCAAUGCGUGAUGCUAGUAUCACUUCCCUGUCAUGGGAUCAAGAGCAGCACUGCCACCUCUCGCUUAAAUUGUCCAGUACUGCCGCUGAGCAGGAUACAACAACACUCAAUUUUCAGACUUCUUUCACCCUGAAUACAUCUGGUUUGAAGAUCAUGGCUGAAGGCAAAAGAACCUGGGACAAAGAAGAUGAUUUGCCAGUCUAUUUUGGGAGACCGGGUACAACCGAUCAGGUCCCCCGGCAGAAAUACGGGGGGAUGUUUUGCAACGUAGAGGGAGCGUUCGAAAGCAAGACCAUCGAUUUUGAUGCCCUGAGCGUCGGGAAAAGAAGUUCGAGGAGCUCGAAAAGUGGGAGUAAGAGGGAUAUAUCCCAGGAAGGAAGGCGUGACAGCGACCAGGGCAGCAUCUGCACAGAAAUUGGGUCCGGAGGGCUCGACGAGGGGGACCCGGGCAUUCAAAUAAAAACUGCAGCAGGGAAAGAAAUACUGCAGAAUCUGGAUGAGGUGGAGAGCGACAGGCUUCUGAUCAAAGGAGGGAGGAUUGUAAAUGACGACCAGUCAUUCUACGCGGAUAUUUACAUAGAAGAUGGGCUCAUUAAGCAACUUGGAGAUAACUUAAUUGUUCCAGGAGGUGUUAAAACCAUUGAAGCCAAUGGGAAAAUGGUCAUACCUGGAGGGAUUGAUAUCCAUACUCACCUACAGAUGCCGUACCGGGGAACUACCACUGUGGAUGAUUUCUUCCAGGGUUCAAAGGCAGCACUGGCUGGUGGCACAACUAUGAUCGUUGACCAUGUUAUCCCAGAGCCUGGAGCCAGCCUCACUGAAGCCUUUGAGCGAUGGAGAGAAUGGGCUGACGAGAAGACGUGCUGUGAUUACUCCCUGCAUGUGGACAUCACUCACUGGAGUGACAGCACCAAGCAGGAAGUGGAGACCCUUAUCAAGGAAAAAGGAGUUAACUCUUUCCUGGUCUACAUGGCGUACAAGGAUUUGUAUCAGAUGACCAACAGCGAGCUUUAUGAGAUCUUCACCUUCCUGGGAGAACUGGGGGCUGUGGUGCAAGUGCAUGCUGAAAACGGAGAGAUCAUUGCACAGGAGCAAGUGCGCAUGUUAGAAAUGGGGAUUACAGGUCCAGAGGGUCAUGUGCUGAGUCGACCCGAGGAGCUUGAGGCUGAGGCUGUAUUCCGAGCCAUCACCAUCGCAAGCCAAACCAACUGUCCUCUGUACGUGUCCAAAGUGAUGAGCAAAAGUGCAGCGGACAUCAUUUCACAGGCCAGGAAAAAAGGCAAUGUGGUCUUUGGAGAGCCAAUCACAGCCAGCCUUGGCACAGAUGGGACGCACUAUUGGAGUAAAAACUGGGCCAAGGCAGCUGCCUUCGUGACAUCCCCACCUCUGAGUCCUGAUCCCACCACACCGGACUACCUGAACUCUCUACUGGCGAGCGGGGACCUGAAUGUAUCAGGGAGUGCCCACUGUACCUUCAGCACAGCACAGAAGGCCAUUGGGAAGGAUGACUUCACUCAGAUUCCAGAGGGAGUCAAUGGCAUUGAGGAAAGAAUGGCAGUCAUCUGGGAUAAGGCAGUGGUCACUGGUAAAAUGGAUGAGAACAUGUUUGUGGCAGUUACCAGCACCAACGCUGCCAAAAUCCUUAACCUGUACCCCAGGAAAGGCAAAAUAGCCGUGGGCUCGGACAGUGACCUGGUUAUCUGGGAUUCGGAUGCGGUGAGGACUGUCUCGGCUAAAACACACCAUUCGGCUACUGAAUACAAUGUGUUUGAAGGGAUGGAGCUGCGUGGGGCUCCUCUGGUGGUGAUCUGCCAGGGGAAGAUCGUGCUAGAGGAUGGCACCUUGCACGCCACUCAGGGAAGUGGGCGCUUCAUUGCCUGCACUCCUUUCCCAGACUACGCCUACAAGCGCAUCAAAGCCAGGAAACAGAUGGCUGUACUGAGGGCUGUCCCCAGGGGGAUGUACGAUGGCCCAGUUUCUGAAUUCACGCCCAUGUCAAGAGGAGGAACUCCUGCUGCCUCAGCCAGGACCUCCCCCACCAAGCAGGCUCCACCAAUCAGGAACCUCCAUCAUUCUGGCUUCAGUCUAGCAGGUAACCCUGCACACCGGGGUGUCCCAUCUGAAGAGACCCCUAUCCGCCCAGCAGGCCGACGCAUCGUGAUUCCUCCCGGCGGACGCUCCAAUAUCACAUCCCUUAGCUAAAGCAUGAACACAUACCCCCAGGAAAGGAAACAUGAUUGGUUUAAGUUGAAGUUGAUAGAAACACAGAAGCCUCAUGCCUUACCAGUCACGAAUGCUACCUGCUAUAGCUUUAAGAAUGCAGUAUUCCUUUUGUUAGGAAAGUGCAGGUCAGUAAUGCAAACAACCAGUUUAAAGCCUGUUAAAGAAUAAUCAUUUGAAAUGUGGGCUUACACAUUAACAGCACUGUAACUGUACAACUUAAGUAAUGCCACUUAAGAGAAGUGUUUCCAAUAUCAGAUGUCUCGUUAUAGCAAUUUCUGUAAAAAUCUGCUCCAGAUGUAGAACGUUUUACUCAUUUGCAAAUCACACUGUGACAAAGAAAUGCAACAGAAAUCACUUUCGACAGGCUGUUUCUGGCUGCUUUCGUGAUCUCUGAACACUGGUUUCUUAAGAAAAGGAAUACUGCAUAUUUAAGAAUGUUGCUUUCAAUCUUUUUUUUUUUAUAUUACGCUUUCAGUGUCCCAAUUUAAGUUACUAGUUUGCAAUAGUCAAUAGCAUUGUUAACAUGCCCUACCAUCAGUAGGUGGUGCUGUAAGUCUGUUAGAUGUAACGUAGCCUUGUAAAUCCUGUGGUUGCUAUAUCCUUGGGUUACUGAACCAGGACUGUUUGAUAGCUUAACGAAUUAAAAACAAAUAAAAUGUAUGUGGUAUACACAGUUUGUAAACAUGCAAGUCCCCCCCCCCACACACACACAUUAUAAUUAAAAACAAAAAAACAUAACCUGUUUCAAAGGUUCUUAACCUAACAGUCCUUUCUUGAUCACUGCUGACAUUUGUCACCCUGUAAUUCAACUUGUUUGCCGUCUCCGAUUUUAAAUUUUGCAUUCACUAUGAAAUUCCGCAUUGGGGACAAUAUAUUCCAAUGUUUUUUCAUUCAAAUGUUUUCCAAGAAGUCCAGCCAAUAUUGCUUCUGAUCAUAAUCUAAUAAUAUGACCUAUUAGGAUUAAUACUAUAAAAUAUUAAAUAUGUUGCAGAUAAGUGACAUUUUUCUGUAUUUGUUUAAUUUUGGUACAGUACAUCCCUUUGGUUCCUGUUAUUAUAUGCCAAGACGUUUUUAAUAAAUAGUAUUAUUGAAUGACAACUCAUUUCUGUGAACGGUCUCCAAAUAAUGAUAAAGAAUUGCUGUGUUAUGCAACGUGUUUUGAUAUGUCUUACAUCAAUCUGUAUAUUGUAGCGUACACAAAGAACACGUUUUUUUUAAUGUUUUUGUAAUUAGAACGAUGGCAAUUAAAUUGUAAACCCAACUAACUUUGAGGCAAAGUCACAUUUUCUGAGUGAUGCAAAAACAGUGCUGCAUUCCAUACCUGUAAAAGUGCUGAAUACAGUACGUUCCUGUCAAUCGUACCUGCAUUGUUUUUUCUCAUUGUUAUGUUUCAAGCACCCGAAGCUAACAGAUCGUAAACAAAUGAAAUGUAAGUGGUUGUACGAAUUUUCCUGAAUAAACAUCGGUUGCAAUCUGAA